ACAUUUGCCACAAUUAGACACAAGAAUUUAAAUUCAUUCGCCACAUUCACAAAAUAUCCACAAUGGCUCACUCUUACGUAUCUCAUCAUCACUUCCUCGCCUCGCUUCUCUUAACCCUAACCACCUUGAGCUUUGUAAGGACGACAUAUCCCCAGACCAACACAGAGUUCAUAAGAUCAUCGUGCAGCGUCACGACAUACCCAAGGCUAUGUUUUACGUCGCUCUCGAGCCAUGCAACCUUCAUCCAAACGAGCCCCAAGCUCAUGGCUCACGCCGCUCUGAACGUGAGCCUCUCCUCGGCCAAGUCCACGUCAGCAAUGAUGACUCGUCUCUCGAGGAGCCAUGGGAUCAAGCCGCUGGAGGCCUCGGCGGUCAGAGACUGCGUGGAGGAGCUCAGCAACACGGUGGACGAGCUGAGGAGUUCGGUGGGGGAGAUGGAUCGGCUCAGGGGCUCGAACUAUGAGGUAUACAUGAGCGACAUCGAGACUUGGGUCAGUGCGGCUCUCACGGACGAGAACACUUGCACGGAUGGGUUCGAAGGUAGUGCCAUGGAUGGGAAGGUGAAGGUUCUCGUGAGAGAGAGGAUUCUGGCGAUUGCUCGCUUGACCAGUAAUGCUUUGGCUUUGAUCAAUCAUUUUGCUUCUCUCCAUGGUUAAUUAAGAUUAUUACACAGUGAUUAUGGUUUUAUAUGUUUGUGUAUAUGUGUACGUAUAUGUGUGUACGAAGUGUAUGUACGAGCGUCCGAAACAUAUGUAGUACCACGUAGUAUUUAUUUUUGGUAUA